AUGAAAAUUCCCACUGCCUUUUCAAAAGAAGAGCUCCUUUUCUUCGACUCACUGUCUGAAGAGUCCUUCGAGUUCGAAAGAGUCGCAGAUAGAGAUUCCAUCACUUGUUGCGUUCCUUUCACCAGGGGAAAGUUGCAAGAGCUCAUUGAAGACGUAGCUGAUAAUGUGAGCUACCCUUUCAACCUCUUUUUCGAUGUUGCCUUUACUUACAGUGAGACGAGAAGAGACGAGAAGACUGGAGAAUGGAAAAAGAAAACUUACACAAAACCCUGCUUUGGCUCUCCUGUCGUCUUGAAUAACAUAAGAGCGAUUCAAAGCGAAAGGGACCUGAGUCGACUGCUCGAAGAGUUUCCCGACGACGAGACACUUCUGGAGGAAGUGAAGAACACCUACUCUUACUGGUACAUACAAAACGUUAAGAAUAUUCUUCUCGUUCAAAUCACAAUCGACAAACCAUCGAGUGCAUGA